AUGUCAUCAAAUUCAAUCGUUAAAUCUGUUGCUAAGGAAUUGAAAUAUUACUGUGAUGUCAAGAGAUUAGAGGAUGGUUUUGAUCUAACUGGGCACCAGAAAAAUGGCAGAGACAUUGAUGGGCAGAUUUAUAAAAUGAAAACAUUAAUGUUGAUACAGUUUCCAUCUCUACAAUAUGAGGAUUCAGAAGAUGACUAUUUGAACUAUUAUUAUGAUUGCUAUGAAACAGAGACUCCUAUAGUCAAUAUGAGUGGUGUUACAACCUACAAUACCCAUGGACCAAGGGAGGACAAGGUGAAAAGAAAAAUAAAGAAACACAUGACCAAUUAUCAUUUUCUUGGUCCCAAGUUACCUGAAUAUUAUUAUAUCUAUACAGCUAAACCUCAAUUACUACCUAGAGCAAGCACAAGUGUAGGAACUAGAUCAGCAAAAACCAGAUCAUCCAAAACAAGAUCUUUAUCAAGAUCUACAACCAAAUCUGAUACCAAUAGAUUAGUUAAUGCUGCCGCCAAAUUACUAGUUGCUACCGAAACAGUAGAAUCUCUGGAUUCUGCUCGCUCACCUCGACCACAAACAGCUCCUCGUUCUUUCGAGGAUAACCAACGACCACAUACAGCUAAAUAUUCUUAUGACAUUAAUGGAAGAAAAGUGUUCAAUACACAACUCAAAUACUAUGAUGGUAACAGCAGUGCCUCAGAUAACAAUGUUAGAAGAACACAGUCUAGCAGAAGUCCUGUACAGAGACCUAGUUCACCAACACCAUCUAAUACAUCUGAUUCUACCCAUUCCUCUUCAAUAUCUAUUGAUGAUGUCAAACGCCUUAAAACACCAGCACCACCUAAAUCAUCUCAAAGAAUAAGAAACCGUACCUAUAUUAAUGAUGGGAAGAAAACAGACCAAGAAGAAGUGGCUGUUUCUGUAUCAAUGCAAACAGAGUUUAAUGAUUCUGUUGGUAUACAAACAGAACGUCGUCUGUUAGAGAAAUAUGAUCAUACUGAAGAUGAAGUGAAAGAAGGACCUAUAACAGACUAUGAAGUAAUAGUUAUAACAGGUACCGUCAAUGGUGCUAGUACUAAAGCUGAUGUUAGAAUCACUCUAUAUGGGGAACAUGGUCGCACCAAAGAAAUAACCUUAGAUGAAUCCACAACACAUAAACUGAAAUUUCAGAAAGGAAAGGAAGAUAGAUUUAAUAUAUCAGCACAUCAUGUUGGUGAAAUACAGAAAAUCAAGAUAGGUCAUGACAGACCAGAAUUAAGUUAUGCGUGGUAUUUAGAGUGUGUUACUGUUUCUGAUUUCCAUGCUAAAAAAGUCUAUGAUUUUACUUGUAAUAGAUGGUUAACUGGUCAGAAUGGUGAUAAAAAUACUUAUGUUUAUUUAUCAGUUGAACGAGAUAGGAACCUUGUUGAAAAUGAACCAAUUACACCUUAUGAAUCUACAGUUCCAAGAGUAAAGCCAGAUAGUGUCUCAAAAACUCCAAAAAUACACGACAGACCUCCAAGCUCACAAAAACAACAACAACAGAAACAAAGAGUAAAGUCAGACACAAGUGCAUCUUCAGUUGAAGUUGUUACACCAGAAAAGAAACCAUCCAAACAAGUAAAGCAAGUUCAACAGAAGAAGAAAGAGAGCAGUGCAAGUGAAUCAACUUAUACCAGUGACUCCUAUACAAGUACAUCCAGAUCUGACACAGAAUCAGAAACAGAAGAAGAAGAAAGUCGAGAAGAGACAAUAAUAUCAUUAAAAGGUUCACCCAGACACCAAAGUAAAGCUAAUCAAAGAAAAAUUAGCAAUGACUCCUCCAAUAAAGCAAAUGGUCCAACUUUUACUUUCUUAUCUAAAGAUUCUGAGAAGAGGGGACAAACUGAAAAAAUGAAAUCAGAGACAAAAAGAAAAGAAAAAGAGAGGAGAGAUUCAGAACGAGAAGAAAAAAGGGAGCAGAAGCAAACAGAGAGAAGUAAAUCAUCAAAAUCUAGAAAUAACAAUGAAGAAGAUAAUGAUAAUAAAGUAGAUUUUUUAAAGGGAUACAAGGCUGGUUUAGAAGCAGCAGAGAAAGAUUCUAUAAGACAACGUGAAGAUAGAAUGGAAGAAGAUAAACGAAUAUUAACUCAUGGUAUGACUAUACAUGAAGCUGCUAGUAAUGGUCAUAUAGAACGUAUUAAACAAUUACUUGAUAGAUUUCCUGAAUUAAAGGAAUCAAAAGAUGAAAAAGGUUUACUACCGUUACAUAAAUCAGUAAUUCAUGGACAAACUUCAGUAACUAAAUGGUUAGCAGCAUUGGGUGUAGAUUUGAACCAAGAAACACCACAAAGUUAUACCCCAAUGCAUUUAGCAGCUUUACAUGGUCAUGUUAAUAUUAUGAUGAUAUUAGCAGCAAUGGGAGCAGAAGUCAAUUGUGAAACAAUAGAAAAACAGACACCACUACAUUUAGCAGCAAGAGGUGGCCAUUUAGAAUGUGUAAAGUGGCUGGUAGCCAACAGAUCAGUGUUGACAGCUGAAGACACUUUUGGUAGAAAACCAGUAUAUUUGGCUGAAGAAUUUGAGAAACACAGUGUAGCUGAUUUCCUACGUGCCUGUGAAAGAGAACUUGGUAAUCCAGACAGUGGAUUUGCUAAAAUGUUCAAUGGAAGUAGUUCUAAUAUGGAUCCUGAUAAGGAUUCCACCUCCUAUAAAGCUGAUGUAGGUAGUGGAGAUGAAACCAGUACUGUAAAUGGUGGUGAAUCAUCAACUACUACAGGUUCUGACAUACGAAAAAUACAAAAAAUUGAGGAACGAAGAAAGAGUUAUGAUGCACAACAUGCUAAAAUGGAAGAAAGAGGGAAAUCAUUUCUAGACAGUAUCAGACAAGAUGUAGAAGAAGAUGAUGAAUGAAUCAUUCAUUCAUUUUAAUACAGAUAUAAGUGCUUUUUCUCUCUUUUAAAUCUGAUAAUGCAUUUAUGUGUAAUGUAUUUUUUAAUAGAAAUAUCUUUUAUUUUAAUAUUCCUGUUUCUUUUUGUAUACACUUAUAAUUCAGUUCAUUUGAAUUUCUUUACCAAUAUACACAAACAUAAAACAAUAUUCUUAGAAAUUACCUUUUGUUCUUAAUAUGUGAUCUUUAUUCUUGGGAGUAAAAUACAAGAUUGGAUGUACAUUCAUAUUUUGUAGUCUGAGUAUUUUUGUCAGUCAUGUCUGGCACAAGAUACAAAUCAACAGUCCUGAUAUUUUCCACAACUUUUUUAAUGCUUGUUAUGUUUGGAUAUAACUUGUAUUGUAUAUAUUGCAUGUAAUUUAUCAUGUAUUGUGAUAAGGACAAAUCCAGUAAUAGGAAUAUAAAAAUUGUAUAUUUAUUUGUUAUUUUAAAUGUUUAUUGGAGAAAACCACAUUGUUAUAAUAAACGAUUUAUUAUCUGUGAUAUUUUUGUGAUAGUUUAGUAUUAUAUUGUUAUUUUAGAAGAUUUUUUCAAUGUCUGUGUACAUUUUCAAGACAGAUCUUUAGUAAAUAUUCUGAAUGAAAUCAAAGAUAAACCAUCUAGUCAUAUCUUUAAAGAUUUCUUUAAAAACAAACUUGAAUACCGGAUAACAUGAUCCUUAUGGUCGUAAUGAUCAAUAUUUUAGGCUAUCAAAUCUAAUUCUUGUUUUUGAAAAUUAUUAUCAGCCUAGAAUUAGAUAAAGAAUAACAAAAUAUUUUGUAUAUCAAUAGACAAGAAAAAAUACUUUUUGAAAACGGUUUAUAAAAACCGCACUAUUCAGUAUCUCUGUAAUAUAAUAAUUACACAUAUAUUAUUUAUUUCUUUUGUUUUAUUACAAUAACCAUCAGUUAAAUUUAAUAUCAGAUUUAUACAUUUUAUAAGAAUUGUGAUAUUGUACAUGUAUUAAUGUGAUAUUGUUUAUGUAUUUAUGUGAUAUUGUAUAAUAUUUAUAUUCCGUCCUGUAUG